AUAUUUACGAAGUAUUUAAUAUAAUACAGGAUGUUAAAGUGACAUUUAUACGUCUGACUUGCUCUAAUCUGAUUGUUUUUAUUUGUUCAUGUAAAUGUAUGUGUUCCAUAUGCAGGCUACAUCAUUGUUUUAUAAAACUGCGCUGGGACAAGAUCGAUGUGUCAUUUAAAUCGGCAUGUGAAUGAAUACAGUGCAAAAUCCUUUCAGACGUUUAUUAGAAACUGUAAUUAAAUAUGGAAAACGCGACUUAUGUGUUGAACAACUCUUCACAAGCAGUCACGGAUGUAACUGUUACCGACGAGACGUCUGUAAGUACUGGUGUAACACAAAAUGGCAUAACAACCGUCGAACAAACUACAGCCACUAUCAGUCUGUGGUUGAGUACCGGUUCUAAAUGGUCUGGCAUAACAGGCAGUUCCCAAACAACAGGAAACUUCACGAACCGGACAGGUUUUACCACAAAUGACUACAACCAAGAAUAUACUAAUUAUAAUUAUGACGACACUGACUAUAAUUAUAACUACGUGGAUGAAUACAUGUAUCCUGGUUACACAUUUGAAGUACCAUUCUAUCUAUAUAUUUGGGAAUUCUUGGUUAUAUUUACAUUCCUUGUCAACCUUGUUGUGAUAUCAGUUCUGCUGCGCAGAAAGAUGCGCAAUACUACGAAUAUAGUGCUUGCCGCCAUUGCAAUUUCAGACUCGCUUACCGGACUCGUGACUCUGCCAUCCUAUAUCAUGGUGUUUAUGAAGUAUGUUCCGGCAAAUGGUGACUACGAGUACGAUUACAGCAUAAAUCAUACAAUCAGUGAACAAUCUACUCCGAGUCAGUACGGAAGCGGGGGAAAUAACUCCUUCUAUAACGGUAUUCCGCCUAGUCAAGAGCAGGAACCAGUUGGCGGAUGUGGACUAUCUAAAGAUCUCUGCAAUGGUUUCAUGAUUUCAAAGUACUUUUUGUCAAAAUCAUUCCAUUCAAUGUCAAUAUUUCUCACUUUAUUUCUAGGAAUCCAGAGAUAUAUAUCAAUAAGAUACCCGUACCGAUCACAACUUCUACUCAGUUUGCCAAAAACCAUUAUUUACUGUGUGGUUAUUGUAUUCGUUUCCCCAAUAUUACAUAUAUAUCAUCUUUUAGGAGAAAGAGCGUUUCGUGGCAUGUGUCAGUGGGAACUACAGGAGAAAGGUUGCGGAAGCGGAUGUAUCUAUUUAUUCAUUACAUUUUUCAUACGUCAUUUGAUACCCUGUGUCGCGCUUGUAACAUUUACUAUUCUUUUUAUUCUUCAAUUACGAUCAGGGGAGAGAACUCUAUGCCGAAUGGACAGUAGCAAAUCACAACUUACGAGACGGAAGGAAGAAAAUCGACGUAUUUCUACGAUUGUUACAGCAGUGGUUAUAGUUUUUCUGAUACCGGAAAUACCGUAUGGAAUAUUUCUUUUGUACAAUGCUAUAGACAAAGCAGGCAAUCAAGGCAGGGACAUCAAUUUGGAAACAAACAGAACUAUCCAUUUAGUCUACGAACUUCUACUAGUCUUGUCAUUUCACGCCAACUUCUAUAUCUACACCUUUUUCAAUAGAAGAUUCAGGAAGACACUUUACAGGACCUAUCUAAAACCCGUCAGGCGAUUCCUCGGUGAUACAGACAGACUGUCGGUAUCUACAACCUCGUCCUUUUCACGCAAGGCUACACACAGGAAGACAGAUACCGGAAGUGCUGUAACAAGGAUUGAAAUGGAAUCGAUGAUUAAAACUUCACCACCAGACCAACCAGAAAUACAAACGAACUCGGCUGCCUCAAGCUCAGUUGAUAAAGAUCCAACUGGCUUUAAAGGCGACUGCACUUUGUGAUGAAAAAUUGAAGAAAGGAAAAGAACACUAAUGGACGCGGUAGAUGGCCGCUUUACACUGAACAGUACAUAGAAAUAUCUGAUAUUUGAACCAAAGCCAUGACGUAAUUGUAACAGUUUCCAUUCUUUAAUUGCUUAUCGCUUGAACAAUAUGUAAAUAAAAACAUUAACGCUU